CCCUCUAUUUAUUUGUGUGCUUAUGCAGGCCCGUUGACUUAAUUUACUGUUCCAACUAUGGUUGAAUCUGUGUCAAUUUUGGGAAAUUCUGCACCAAUUGAAAAUGGUGUUAAUCAUGUUAAAUUGCUUCCUGCAUCUAAUGAUGAUCAUGAGGGUGUAAUAGUUGACAUGAAGGAGCCUAUGGAACCUGACGUAUUUCUCACCUUGCUCAGAGCUUCAUUAUCACUGUGGAGGCAACAGGCGAAGAGGGGAGUUUGGAUUAAGUUACCCAUUGAACUUGUAAAUCUUGUAGAAACUGCAGUUAAGGAAGGAUUUUGGUACCACCGUGCUGAGCCAAGUUACCUUAUGCUUGUUUACUGGAUUCCUGAAACUGCAAGUACAAUCCCUGCUAAUACUUCACAUAGAGUAGGUAUUGGUGCUAUUGUCAUUAAUGACAAAAGAGAGGUGCUUGUUGUUCAGGAAAAGAGUGGCAGAUUUCGAGGAACAGGGGUGUGGAAAAUUCCCACUGGAGUUGUUGAUGAGCUUUCUUAUUUAUUUUUUACAGUACUUGGGUGGACUUAUAGCAUAAACUGUUCAUUUGUCUUCAGGAUAUGGGGCAUCUUCUGGCAAGUUAAGGAAGAGGAUUUGAUCUUGUAUGGCCAAUCUGUUGGAAGUGGACCUACCCUGCAUUUAGCUUCUCGUUUAGAGAAGUUGAGGGGAGUUGUUCUUCACAGCGCAAUCCUCUCAGGCAUACGCGUCUUGUGUACUAUCAAGAUGACAUUUUGGUUUGACAUUUACAAGGUGAGUUUAGUGCCAGUUUCCUUGAAAAGAAGCAUAAUAGUUUGCAAAAACUUGUAGAAGACCAAAAUCAGAUGAUAGCUCAAAUGCGUGAUGAACUACAGGCAGCGAAAAUGGGACAGCAGUCUUCCUCAGUGAUGCCAUCAUCAUCUGAUAGUCCUCCAGCUCAUAGAUCUCUUGGUGAUUCACAUAUGGAUUAGCAUGAUGUCAUUACUCACUGACUUAAAUAAUAUAUUUUAUGAUAUGAACUUGAUACUA